CCCGCGCCCUGCCAAUCCACCGCGACGACUGCAAGCCAGGGUCACGGCCGUCCCACUACCAAACAUAUCCUCCAAACCGCCCACAGUCAAAUAAACCACCAUGGAGAGACGCGCCCUUACCCAAUGCCUUCGGUCGAGGCCAACCACCACCCUGUACAAGACCCAACUCCUCCCCGGACGAAUUGGCCUCCGAUUCUCAUCCUCCAAUAUCAACAACAACAACAGCAAUAACAACAACACCUUUCGUCCCACUCUAACCCCCACCCAAACCGCCGCCCUCAAUCGCACCACCAACCCCCAACAACCCUCCUCAACCACCGACUUCGACCAAAUCCUCAACACACUCAACUUCGACUCUACCGGCGGCGCCGCCACUGCCUCGGCCAACGAACGCGCCCCCAGCCAACCCGCCUUCAACAAAGAUGAUCUCGACGUCUCCCGCCGCGUCGGCUACUCCGCGGCAACCGAUAACUUGCGGGCUGCGUCGCGCCGGGUGGACUUGAAGCUGGGUCCUACGUUGGGUCGGCAGGUGGCGGUCGAGCCGGAGAAGGGGUUCGAUUUGCCAGCGGCGUUGAGGACGUUGUCGGCGGUGUUGAAUCAGAAUAGGGUGCGGGCGACGCUCACGGCACAGAGGUUUCAUGUUCGCAAGGGUCAGUUGAGGAAGGUUCAGAAGAGUAGACGGUGGAGGACCCUGUUUAAGUAUUCGUUUGGGGCGACGGUUAAGAGGAUUCAGAAGAUUAGGGCGCAGGGGUGGUAGGUUUGUGCCUUUGGGGAUUUGGGGGUGUAUAUAUGGGGUGGUUGGUUGUGGGGAUGGGGGUGGUGAUGUGAUGGGAUGGGAGGAUAAAAUGGUUGGUUUCUUUUAGUAGUAUGUAUACUAUCUGUUUUAUCUAUGUUCGUGUCUGCUGUUUGCCAAUGUUCAUCAAGUA